AGACAAGGACGAUGCCCGGACGGUCCGGGCACCACCGAGAGCCAGACGAUUGCUGACCGUCGUCGGGCUAGUGCGGUGCCCAUUUCGCAGCAGUUCGAGCCGGAGUCCGUCGCUGGCAGUUCAGUUGGAUGCAAGCAGAUCGGUUGCGCUACUAGCGGACCAUCCUUACCACGGGGUGGGUCGCCAUUGUGAGCCUGGGGGGUCCCGCAGGGUGUGGACCGGUGGACCUGCGGCAGGUGCGGGGUGUGGGGGUAUCGGAGUGUCCUGGUGAAUGCGUCCGGUGCGUCCGUGACGCAGGGCAGUGUGUUGGUGUGUGUGUGUGCGUGCGUUCUCGGUGUUAUCGGGCCGUUGACCGUUGCAGUGUUCUGCGUGUGACCUACACAAAAAACCAAACCAUGCUCUGUCGUGGGUGAAGCUGAGGCAAACCAUGGGAUUUCCAUGCAGUUCUAGUAGGUCGACAGUGCACUAAUUCCGGAUCCGGGUUGAGUGAGUGCGUAGGUGUGUAGUGUGUGGUGUAGUCGGCGGUGUAGGUCGGAUAGUUGGGGCUUUGUCCGGGGAACACGAGGCUCUACGAAGCGCAACCCUCCAGUCCGGUGCUACGAUCACGUCCAACAAACAAUCCACAGAGCCAGCAGCCCUGGAGUGGCUAAUUCAUAGCAAUUCUGAUUUCGCCGGAGAUCAUGAACCAGGCUACCACUGCUCACUAGAACCACUAACGAACGUACCCCGCUCGUUAUCAGCUUCUUUGUUGGCCACACCACGCCAGACGAACGCAAGAAAAAACUGCUUCGGUUUAGGCCUAGAUAUCAGCGUCCGGUAAUCACCACCACCUGAGAAAGGGAGCCCCAGUUUCUAAGCAACAAGACAGCGCUACACAAUGCCAGGCUUCGCAGAUCUCAAGGACCGAGCGUCCAACGUUUUCGGUGGGGGUGGGUUCGAGAAGUUCGAAAUGCCCAAGGGCGGCUACGACCAGAUGGACGGGGCAGCGGUCGGUGGCGCCUACCAGGGCGACAACGGCGGCAACGACUCGCCGAUGUCGUUCGAGGAAAUUGAGCGGCCACCGUUGCGCCACGUCGACAAGUACGUCCGGGCCGAGUGUCCCUGCAUCAAGACGACCCGCUACACGAUCUCGCUGAUGACCUGCCUUGGCUUUAUCAUUUCGUUUGGCAUGCGCUGUAACAUGGGCAUGGCCAAGCUGCAAUUCGAGAACGGGUCGGUGAAAUACAACUGGACCGUCGCAAUGGAGAGUGCCGUCGAUUCGUCUUUCUUCUGGGGCUACCUGGUAACGCAAGUGCCGGGCGGUUUCCUAGCCUCCAUGUUCCCGGCAAACCGAAUCUUCGGUACGGCCAUCGCUAUCUCGGCCUUCCUCAACCUACUCGUCCCGGGCGCCAUGAUGCUUCAUCCGACCGUCGUAAUUCUGGUUCGAGUCCUGCAGGGUCUCGUAGAGGUGAGUUGCCUUGCUCGGUUACGAAACUUUCCAGACAUUCGCAGCCAUAAAACCGUUUGGUUAUCGUUCCUUUCCCUCCAGGGUGUAACGUACCCGGCCUGUCACGGUAUCUGGCGCUUCUGGGCCCCACCACUCGAACGCUCCCGUCUCGCAACGAUGGCAUUCAGCGGUUCGUACGCGGGUGUCGUGAUAGGUAUGCCAAUGUCCGGCAUUCUGACCGGUUCAAUAAGCUGGCACGCUCCGUUCUACUUCUACGGUGUGAUGGGACUGAUCUGGUACUGCUUCUGGCUGUGGUUAUCGUUCGAGAAACCGCGCCAACAUCCAACCAUCUCCGUGAAGGAGCUGAAGUACAUCGAAAAGUCCCUCGGCGAAUCGGUACAACUACCGAUGCCGACCAUAGCGACGACUCCUUGGCGUCACUUCCUGACAUCGAUGCCCGUGUACGCCAUCAUUGUGGCGAACUUUUGCCGCUCGUGGAACUUCUAUCUGCUGGUGCUGUACCAGAGCGCUUACCUGAAGCAUUCGUUCGACUUCCGGAUUGAAGAGACGGGAUUGCUGGGAGCCCUUCCCCAUCUGCUGAUGACGAUCAUCGUCCCGUUCGGCGGAAUGUUGGCCGAUCACAUCCGAAAGUCGGGCAUCCUGUCGACUACCAACGUGCGGAAGCUGUUCAACUGCGGUGGGUUUGGGCUCGAGGGUUUGUUCUUCCUGGUCGUAGCACAUGCCACCAGUCCUAUGGGUGCAGUGACGGCACUGACGCUGGGUGUUGCCUUCAGCGGGUUCGCCAUAUCCGGUUACAACGUCAAUCAUCUGGACAUUGCACCACGCUACGCCAGUAUUCUGAUGGGAAUGUCCAACGGCAUCGGUACGAUAGCGGGCCUGAUCUGUCCAAUCGCGAUAGACCACCUUACACGGGGGCAGCCAAAAUCCUGCUGGUCAACAGUGUUCACGAUAGCAGCCACCGUCCAUCUGGUGGGCAUUACCUUCUACGCCAUAUUUGCGUCCGGUGAGCUACAACCUUGGGCCGAACCGACGGUAGAGGAGCAACGAGCCUGGGAUCCCGUCGGGUCCGGGUACGAGAAGGAAACAACGUUCAACGAUGCAGGUGACGGUGGCACAGCGGGCGGAAUGAUGGAUCCUUCGGCACAAAUUAACGCCACCAAGACGGUAUCGUACGGUGCGGUCCAGCAGCACGUGGCCAACAAUCCGUUCGCCUACCCGAACGCCAUCAGCGAGGAACCGGUGCAGCCGGAAGCGAGGGACACGUACUUACACGGAAAUCCCACAGAGCGUACCUACUGACCUGCUCGCAUGAAGAAAACCGUAACAUUUAGCAUGAAUUAGGAAAGAGCAGUGGAGGAAACGAACAUCUACAAAGGUUUGCUUUUGGUUGGUAAUCUCUUCUGUUUUAUGGCAAAGUUGCAAUCAUUAACUGUUUGCAAUGUCUCACUGCAGUGAGGACGAGCGGAGGUGUGAGCUAAAAGGCUAAAGAAAACAAACAACUGAAAUACAAAAAAAUAAAAUAACCCUGCUUAAGCAAUUACAACACUAGAUAGUAACUAACAAAUACCUAAAACAAAUAGCAAAAGAUGCAUAUUGUAUUUACAAAAGCAAAACGAAGAGUGUACAUACACACCAAACAGACAUAUUAGUAUAUAUACGCACGCAUCAUAAUAAUCGUAAUCGUAAAACCCUAUUGAAUACUGCCGUGGCGAGAAGUACUAACAACGCAAACAACUGUCAGACGCGAUACGUCUGUUAAGGCAAAACGUACUGAGUAAGAGUUAAGUCCUCCUUAUGUUGGUAGCGAUAUUAUCGCUACGAUCAGACCAUGUCUGAAAGAUGGGAAUUUGAUCGUGUUGGAGUUUGAGUCUUUGAGGUUUGUGUGUGUGCGACACCUGUGGAGUGCCAGGAGUUACAAUCAAUCUUAGAAGUACUAAAUCGUCAUCUUCUUCUUGGCCUAGCAACCUGUUAGGUCAUACCGGCCGUAUAAUGACUUACCUGACUUAUGCUGUAUUAAGUUCCAUCUUGUGCCCUCGCACGCAGGAUUAGCUCUUCUGCGCCGUGUAAAAUAAGUCAAGGAAGUCAGCGAAGGGCCGAGGCUGUGGCUGCUAUGCCAAGAAGAAGAAGUCUUGAACAUAAUAUAGCGCGUCUGUCGGUCUGCUAACCAUAAUAAAAACCAAGUGUCAAUUGCGAACGAGUGUCUCCCGACUGACACACGGUUCAGUAUAGGUAUACAUACUGCCGUACACAAAAAUAAGCGACGCAAGCAAUUUAACGUUGGUUCAAAGUUGAACGAACCUGGCUAAUGAACUGGCAGUUGGUGCGUUGAUUAUUGCGUUCCUCUUUACUGUGCGAUCUAUAGCGCAUCUUAAGCUCGUCGAAAGUACCGGAUCCGGUACUCACCGUACGGUGGUGGCAAUAUGUGAAUGUGUAGCUAAUCGUGUAAUUAUAUAAAUAUUUUUUCUUGUUUCGAAGACGUAAGGGAGGAGUUAAAUUUGAGGUGUGUCAACUCACUCUCAAAGGCUGUGGCGACAAUAAUAAACUGGAAGGGCCCUCAGCAGGAGGCGAGGAGGAGGCUGUUGGAGAGGCCCAUACCGAAAACCGUAGGUUAAGGCGAGAUAGCUUCGUGGUUUCGUUUGCUCGUUUGAGUUGGUUAGUUAAUUGGAUAUUUUAAUGACUGUACUGUGUGUACCGUAACUGAGCAGCUAAGCACUAACACCGAUGUAAGUUUGUAAAUUUAUAUUCCUGAUUUUAGAGUAAGCUUCGGAAACUUCGUUCGAUAACCGGUGGCAGCGGUAUCGUACUGCGAAUGUGACAGAGAAACAAUAACAAAACAAAAAACAACGCUAGCUAGUAAGUCCUAGUGCUAAGCCACUUUACAGUGAUAGUAGUGAAUUAAACAGCUCAUCAACAAAAGUUUAAACCGUUGCAAAUACGAAGUGAAACCUAAUUAGUAGCACGUCAGUCGGGUCGGGGCAUCAGCACCGGGAAUGGCGGGAAACGAUUGUUUGGGAGGAACGAUACCGUUGGCACUAUCGAAUUAGGCAUUCAAAUUGGUCGACAGGAGUCCUGCGGGAGCUACAAUCGGGUAAUACAAAGCAAAAGUAAAACUCUCAUUACGAUCCUUUGUCCGCGCAGUUUCGGUUGUGCUAGUAUACCGAGACGAUUAUCGUAAAAGAGACCGUACUACACUUGGCUAAGAUUGUAAAUACCUAGCAAAGUCGAACUUCGGAGCCGUCUGUCCGGGCGUGUGUCAUCGGUACGGUAAAUCUGUGUGCAUCGGUACAGCGACCAACAGAGUUCACGUAAGAAGAAUCAUCCAACAAACGGGUAUUAUAAUGCUAGUUGGGAUAUGGUAUGUAGUGUAACAUACAGUAAUGACAGGUAUGAUUUCGAACGGAACGGAAACACUUUGAACAAAAUAUCUCUUACGGAAACGUGACCCCUAUACGCGAUCAAUUGAAAUUUUAGUGACAGUAGGUAGGUUCUUAGUUCCCCAUUGUUCUGUAACCCCUCUCGCCAACACUGAUCGACCGCGCUAGCGAUCGAUCGAGUUUGUUCGUUCUAUCCCUAUCGUUCCCUCAUCAACCGGGUUCCUUAACACACUAUUUAGCGUUAGUACACUGGCCAGCUGUCAUACGCUGACAGCUGUCAGUGGCACACUGUACAUGACCUCAGUUUUUGCCCUCCAAUGCUAUUUGACCACCCAGAAGAAAAAAAAAACGUUGUAAAAAAAGUAAAUCCCGCCCGUAAUCAAAUGGGGAUUGUUAUACCCUUCUCGCUCUAGCAGAAACAGAGUCUGUCUCACUCUCUCACCAUCGUUCUCCUGUUCGGUGCGGAGCAGUGCAGAACACGUAGUGUAGGCCAUAAAUGUAAGGCUCCACCAGCGCGGUUUCUCUCGGCUAACCGGCCCCGGGAUAGCCGCGCUGGACAGCCGAACACCUGUACACACUGAGUACACGCACGCAGUAUUAUCAGGAUGACAAUCAGCAGUUGUUUCAUCCUCCCUUUCUGGUAGUGUAUCCUUCCCAAACGUAAUGCGAAUGUUUGCUCGCGUAGCGCUAUGGUGUAGUUGUGUUAAUAUAAAGAGGAGCUCUAAACAAAGAUAGCUAACGCAAAAACGCAACCCUCUACACUAUGCAGAGAUACUGUUGAGACUCGUAUAUUAUAAAUGUGCCGGUUCGUUUGUUCGUUCUGUUGAACUGCAAUUUACUUUACUGUUUUUCAAACCCAAACGGAUGUCGUUCUAGCUGUUGUUGUUAAUUGAAAAGUAUAUAUAUAAAAAUGCAUAUAACCGUAUCUGGAACCCCUGUGCGCACUAGUUAUCGGUUCCAGUAACCAAAAUAAAAGAUUCUAUAUUACGAAGGGACGGUGGCAGACAGCAGUGGACGAGAGGGUCGGGGAAAGCCCGCAUUCUCAAAAUCCACAAAAAAAACACAACAAUACAAGAAUAUUACGCAAAACAUCAUCGCAAACCAACCGAACCGAUCCAGGCGGGUCGGUUCGGAUAGUUGUAAUUUCGUUGUUUCCGGAGUAGCAGCAUAGCAGCAUUGUACUUAAAAUAUUGGUAGUAAUUGGUGGUUGGCUUCCAGCUCCCUUCCUGGAGGUGGAUCCACUACACAAACAUAUACAUAAAUAGCUGUAAACGUUGAAUAGUAAAUAUAUCUGCGAGGCGUACCGGGAAAAAAAAUUCCGGACAGGCUUGUACAUUGCAUAUACACGUAACCGUAAACAACCAUAGAAAUAAUACUAUACCUGUAAACGUAUACAACGGCAGAGACAGAGAGAGAGAGAGAGAGAGAGAGAGAGAAAGAGAGAAGGAAGGAGCAAUCAAAAAACCACUACCAUGUAUUUAUCUGUUUACAGGGUUUCUCGGGUCAUAAGACAAGUGUUUCGAUGUUCAUAUAUGGCGUAGAUUGCUUGGAUUUUGUGUUGUUUCGAAAUUCAAACAUGAAGACACUUGUUUUAUGACCGGCGAAACACUGUGCCUCGCUCUAUAGGCGACCGAUGCUAAGGUAACGAAUAUUCAAAAGACCUGUGAAAGAUCAGCUCCACAGUAAGUAAUAAGUAAAAAGUCGUCUCGCUGUUAUAAUCGCAUCAUAAUCAAUCAUCGUAAUUACUAAAGUGCGGUGGCCAGUAGAAGGAGCGUCGGUGCAAAGAAGACCACUCGUUCGGAAGCACUCACAACACGACAGACACAAACAAUAUGAUUAUGACAUUUAGUAGUUAAGCAUUUCUUCUUGGCAAUAGCGUUUAGCGAACUGUGUAUGAAACUUACCACCUACUAGCGAGCGUGACGCGAACGAAAACGGUGCGUGUGCGUGAGUGUGUUGGUUAGCUGGGGGUAUUUACCACCACCGGAAGAGACGAUCCACUAUAGUCACGCUCACAAAAACAGACGCUCUCGAUAUAGUAAACAAAAAAACACACACAUCCAAAUAAAAGUGCGUAUAUUUAAACUGUUGAAAUGAAUCAACCCCGAAAAGGUA